GUGGUUGUUGCGAAGUCCGUAGCUGAGAGAAGGCGUCCGGGGCUAGGCCAACUCAAGGCGUCGGCAGACUUUGGGGAGUGGUCCUCAGCUCCGAUCUUCUGUACAGUCCAGUAAGGGUCUGGCCAUCAACCACAGCAAGGAUGCUCCUGGGGUUUCGGAGUGGACGCAAGAAGCAGUAUAAAUACAUCAUCCAUGGCCUUCUCCCUGCAGCCAGCAUCGCACCGAAGCCCGCUGUGCCCCGCACACCCCCUCCGCGCAGCCCCAACCCCUCUCCAGAGAGACCAAGAUCUGCUCUGGCCGCAGCCAUUCUAGCGACGACCCUGACUGGCCGGACCGUUGCCAUUCCUCAGCCUCGCCGGAGAUCCCACUCUGAGAGCGACAUGACCUACAUGGAAAAGGACAGUUUGAUCGAGCCCUACGCCACUACCUCAGAGCUGAGGCAUCAACCGCACUGGCAGAAUGAAGCGGGAAGAAGAUCUUCUCUGCCAUCCUUUGAAAUGGUGGGCUAUGAGGAGGACGAGGACACUGACUCGCGCCUGUCAUCCAGCCGCAGGCAGUCUGGAGACGCCAGCGCUCGCAAGGAAGAGGGAAGUCUGAGCGACGCUGUGUAUGCCGCGCCACACAGAAACCAGGUUCUGUCAUCACAUGGUGUGGACACUGAAGAUGAGCAAAGUAUUUCUGAACAAGAUGGGUUUCCAAGCUCACCUAUUCCACCAGAGAAUACACAAGAAAAAGAUGGAAGACAUUCUGUUCUGAAAUUAAAGGAUGAAAAACCACCAUUAUGCGAAAAACCUCCGCUCUGCCCAGAUAUAACUGGUAGAACACGUCAAAGAUGUAUAGAAAUAACCAAAGAAAAGUUAGAGGAAUUAAAAGAAGAAAAUUUGCAUCUAAACAAUGCAAAUCAAACCCUUACAUAUGAACUUAACAUAAUAAAAAAAACAAUGAAAGAACUACAGUUAAAACUUGAAAGGAUGAAAAAAGAAAAUGGAAAGCCAAAAGAGGUUGAGAAAGCAUCCUCUCAGGAAGUAGUUGCUGCACCUGAAUUACAUUAUCUAAGAAAACAAGCGCAAGAACUGGUGGAUGAAAAUGAUGGGUUGAAAAUGACUGUUCAUCGUUUGAAUGUAGAGCUGAGUAGAUAUCAAACAAAAUUCAGGCAUUUAUCCAAGAAAGAGAGUUUAAAUAUUGAAGGCCUCCCAUCAAAGGGCCCUACACCACCCUGGUUGGUGGAUAUAAAAUACCUGUCCCCCUUGUUGCUGGCCUACGAAGACAGGAUGAAAGAGAAGGACGAGCUCGUUGCCAGCCUUCAGGAGGAAAUGAGAAUGUUUAGAAUUCGAGUCCAAGAAGUGGUGAAAGAAAACGAGAAACUGCAUCAAGAGCUGAAUAAGAGUAGUCCUGUCACCAGUGAAGAAUGGCGGCAGCUUCAGACUCAAGCCGAACUGGUUUUAGAAGAAAACAAGUUGUUGAUAGAGCAGUUGGAGAUUCAGCAAAGAAAAGCCAAGGACACCCACCAGGAGCGCCUCCAGGAAGUUUCUAAACUGACUAAACAGCUAGUGCUUCUAGAGACUAAAACACAGAGCCAAGAGAAGGAGCUAGCUGAAAGUAAGGAGCAAUUAGCAGUUUUACGUACGGAGUGCCAGGAACUAAAAAUACAGUUGGACAGCAAAGUUGCAAUGGAUGUUCACACUUCAAUUGUGAAUGAGUUUAAAAGCCAGUUGCAGAAAGAAGAAGAGAAAGAAAAUGCUGAGAUGGAAGAGUUGAUGGAAAAGCUGGCAGCCCUGCAAGUGCAGAAAAAGAGCCUGCUCUUAGAGAAGAAAAAUCUGACGGCUAAAAACAAGGCACUGGAAGCUGAGCUCGAAAAGGCACAGAAAAUAAAUGGGAGGUCUCAAAAGAAAAUUGAUGUCCUCAAAAAGCAGGUGGAAAAAGCCAUGGAGAAUGAAAUGUCUGCUCACCAAUACCUGGUAAAUCUUGUUGGCCUGGCAGAGAAUGUAACCCAGGAACGUGACAAUCUUAUGUUUUUGGCUAAAUGUUUGGAAAGUGAGAACCAUGGAGUUCUCAACAGAAUCACAGAAUGCAGUAUUCGCUUGGGAAGAUUGAAAGAGAAAAUGAAGGGGUACAAGAAGCAGAUGGCGCUACAGCUGGGUGACAUGAGUCAUCAUCUGACAGAGCAGCAGGAGGACUUUGCUAGCAAGUCAGCUCAGUACCAGCAGGAGAUGAGGCACCUCCAUCGGAUUCUCCUGGACAAGCAGGAUGUCCUGGACAAGGCGCUGCAGCAGAAAAGAGAAGUGGAAGGUGAGCUGGAGGUUGUGUGGGAGUCCACAUCCAAGGAAAACCGGAGGAUCCGAGAACUUCUCCAGGCCACGCUGGAGAGGACAGGCCCCAGGGAGAACACCAGAGCUUCCGAGGAUGGCUGCCUGGAUGUUACCUCUCAGUACGACCUGCUGGAUGCCUGCUGCUUCAGCUACUGUGACAUGAAGCCACCGCCCAUCACCCUGCAGGGCCUGCGGGAGCCCCCGGGCUAGGGCCCCUGGGGGAGGGCUCCGGCUUACCCAGGACAGGGAGGGGUGGGGGAGGGCAGAUCCCACCCACCCCCGCAGGUCUCUCCUCCUCAGGGUCCAGAAGAAAUAAAUGGUCUCAGAAAUUUAACCCAGGUUUUUACAUUUUUCUCUAUUUUAAAAAUGUGCUGCUGAGCUAUAUUUAGCCAGUACACACCCUCUGACCCUAUUGCCACUGAGCUGGACUCCACUGCUCCGCUGAGACCCACUGCUCAGGCUCACAGGCGACCUGGCAAAGCUGGCUGCUCUCCAGGGGAAGGGCAGGCAGGCCCAGCACUCAGCCGGCCCUCGAUGGGUCGGUUUAACUGACUGAGCCUUGGAUGGGAGCAGCAGUGAUGAGACCUGUGCGUUCACGCUGGGUGGUAUUUUAUUAUUUGGCAAAAGACAGGGCUGGUCUGCAUGCCCCAUGAAGUUGUUCAAAACCUGUGCUGCCGUCUCCCCACCAGCCCUUCUUUGUCCUCCUGGGAAGGUCAUUUUCCUGGGGCCACGUCGCCUCCCUCCUUGUUUGACAGCCUUGACUUUGAGCACGAUGUGGGGGCGUGGGGUCCCUGCCCCACCGUCACCUCCGAGAAGGAUUCGGGGCCCUGCUCCCACCCUGCCCUGUGCCGCCUCCUCAGCUGGAUCACCCCGGCCUCUCGGACCAUUCCCAGGACAUCCUGGUGGUAAUGCCAGCCGUCUGGGGCUGCUGGUCCCCGGCAUGCUAGUCAAAGGCUGCAGGAGAUCCUAAACAGUGUAUGAGGGUAGAGUCCUGGCACAUCCUUUUACUAAACCCCUGACAGCUAAGGCCUGUGUGGUUUCAGGUGGGCAGACAGACACCCCGCCCCCGCAGUUGGCCCCUGGUCCUGUAUAAAUUGCGCCUGCGCUCUUUGGUUGCUCAGUGGGAAGUUGAAAUAGAAAAUCAUUUUUCUUUUACACUUAAAAAUUUUUUCAAAUUGGAGGAUAAUUGCUUUACAGUGUUGUGUUGGUUUUUGCUCUACAACAGCAAGAAUCGGCCAUCAUUACACAUAUAUAUAUAUAUCCCCUCUCUCUCUCGAGCCUCCCACCCCUUCCCGGCCCUCCCCACCCCUCUAGGUCGUCACAGAGCGCGAGGCGGAGCCCCUGGGGUUACACCACAGCUUCCCACGAGCUUCUGUCUUACACCUGCUGGUGUAUAUAUAUCAGCGCUACUUUCUCACUCCAUCCCACCCUGUCCUUCCCCGACUGUGUCCACAAGUCCGUUCUCUAUGCCCGCGUCUCCAUUCCUUCCCUGCAAAUAAGCUCAUCAAUGCUAUUUUCCUAGAUUCCAUAUAUAUGCAUUAAUAUAUAAUGUUUGUUUUUCUUUUUCUCACUUCACUCUGUAUAACAGGCUCUAUUCUCUCAUGUACCCCAGCGUUCAUAGCAGCACUGUUUAGCCAGGACAUGGAAGCAACCUGGAUGUCCAUAAACAGAUGAAUGGAUAAAGAUGUGGUACAUAUAGACAAUGGAACAUUAUUACUUAACCACAAAAAAAGAGUGAAUUUGAGUCAGUUGUAGUGAGGUUCUUUUACAUUUUAUUAAGCUUGUUCAACAGUAUAAAAGAAUUCUAAUUUAUUUUCAAUUUAUAGGUGAUAGAAAGACUCACCAGGGUAUAAAACUAUGUAUCAUCUCCUAGGAGAUGAUCUAGCACAUAACUUUGCUGUUAUUUCAAGGGGAUUUGUGCCAGCCAUCCAAUUAUCUGUAGAUAGGCUGACAGGCAACAGCAGCCCCAAGAGCCUCCAGAUCAAUGCUCAGGAGGUGGAUUGUCUGUGGGACAAUGCUGUUGUCCUGUCACCUAGAGGACCACAUUUGUAUCCCUGUCUUCUUCCUGCCUUCAGAGAGAACAUUUUAUUCCCUAAGUGGAUUUUUUUAUAUUUCUGCUUUAUCACAUGUUACAAAUAUACUUUGCAAGUUCAGUGACCUCUGGAUCUCAUCACUGUCCAGCAGCGGGGGCACUCGGGCUCUGCCAGCCUCCCACUGAGUGCCAUAUCAAAUGAGCAGGUGAACUCGGAGUCUGGGAUGCAAAGGAGGGCAAAGCAGGCAAGGUGGUGAAAGACAAUGCAGCUGAGAGGCAGAGAGCCCAGCCUUGAGCUGGAACACCCCGGCCUUGCAGGAUGGAUGGGGUCUCAGGAGGUGGAGAGGGGCAGAUGGGCUGGGGUUGGAGCUUGGGGUGGCCAGUGAGGCCUGACUGAGCAGGAAGUGGUCCCAUUCUCUCUUGGUCCUGGUGAGUCUUUAUGGGGCGUCAGAAAGGUCCUGUUCAGGUUGAAAGUAACCCACGGCAAACAGAAAACAUGACCCAGGGACCCAAGUGAGCCCUGCCACCUUUGGUGCUAUUUUAAAGCAGCCCUGGUUAAGCCAGGACUGAGUGGAGAGGGGGCAAGUGUGGGUGUGGGUGUGAGUUUGGUGUGACAGCGGGUCGGGAUGCGGGGGGCUGUCCUGUUUCCCAGUUGUUCUGUGCAGAGGGGUGAUGGUAUCAAAAGCCUUUGCCCCUAACCACUGAGAAGCAUGGGAAAGACCCACUCUUUUCCAACAGCUUACGUCUUUGUAGACCAGUGCAUCAUCUAAGGAGAGGGGGGGAUUCUGGGUUUUUUAAAUUUUGAUGUAAAUAUAUUUAUUCAGCAAAUAUGCUGUGCACUUUGUUGAGAACAGUAGCAGUGACAAAGGCAGACAUCAUUACAGAGCGGGCUAGGUGCUCAGAAAAGCUCCAGGACAGAGCCCAGAGCCACGGGCUUCCAGACCAGCAGGGUCUCAGACCAUCACAGGGAAACUGAUGUUGUGUGCUGGAGCCGUGGGUAUGUGAACCUGCCUUUUCAAAUGUAAAUUUUAUGAAAUCGAGAUAUAGGCCAAGUAUUUCUGAUGAAAAUCUAGUACCUGAAUUGAGAUAUUCUAUUAUACAACCAUAAAAUAUACACAGGAUUUUGAAGUCUUACUAUGAAAAAAAAAUGUAAAAUUAUCUAAUUUUUAUAUUGGUUUUAUGUCAAGGUAACAUUUUGUAUAUAUUGGGUUAAAUAAAAUGUUACUAAAAUUGA